CAGGAACAAGAGCAGAAGCAGGAACAAGAGGAGGAGCAGGAGCAGGAACCAGAGGAGGAGCAGAAGCAGUAGCCUCCUCGGGAAGUUUGGCCGGGGUUUUCCCCUGCCCGACAGCCGCAAGAGGUCGGGUCCCUAUCCCACCUUCCUCCCUCCCUCCCUCUCUCCCUCUGUCCUCAGGCACCAGCUGGUCUCCAACUUCUCCUUCUUCGACGGGCCCGAGCCGCUCCCUCUCCUCCUUAUGCUCCAAUCGCCUCCGCAGGGUCCCGGACCCCUGGCAACCUCGGUCCCCCCGAGGCCCUAGGUGGACGGGCGAGGUAUUUCCCCCGGCCCGUGGACGCGGACGAUGGGGAUGGAAGGGGGUCGGCGGGGGACGGUGGUCUUGUGGCUGGCCGCAGCGGGGUGGCUUUUCUGGGGGGACCCGUCUGGCUGCACCGGGCCCGAGGACGGGCACCCUUACGGUCUCGGAGAAGAGGACAGAGCCGAAGAAAUUGAUUAUAAGGAUCCCUGUAAAGCCGCGGUCUUUUGGGGAGACAUUGCCUUAGAUGAUGAAGAUUUAAAAAUAUUUCACAUCGAUAGAACAGUAGACCUUACACAGAAUUCAUUUGAAAAACUUGGACAUACCACAGGUGGCCUUGGAGAGCGAGUAAUGCCAAAAAAAAGAGGAGCCCUCUACCAGCUUAUUGACAGGAUAAGAAGAUUUGGCUCUGGCAUGGAGCAAAACUUCACCACAAAGGGAAAAGCAACUGUCAGAUUCUCACGGCAGAAUGAGAAAAAUCGAAUUCCCAGAGCUGCUACAUCAAGAACUGAAAGAAUAUGGCCUGGAGGCGUCAUUCCAUACGUUAUAGGAGGAAAUUUCACUGGCAGCCAGAGAGCAAUGUUCAAGCAGGCAAUGAGGCACUGGGAGAAACACACGUGUGUUACCUUUAUCGAGCGGAGCGAUGAAGAAAGCUACAUUGUAUUCACUUAUAGGCCUUGUGGGUGUUGCUCUUAUGUGGGUCGGAGGGGCAAUGGACCUCAGGCUAUAUCCAUCGGCAAGAACUGUGAUAAAUUUGGGAUUGUUGUCCACGAAUUGGGCCAUGUGAUAGGCUUUUGGCAUGAACAUACCCGACCAGACCGAGAUGAUCAUGUGACCAUUAUUAGAGAAAACAUUCAACCAGGUCAGGAGUACAACUUCCUGAAGAUGGAGCCCGGAGAAGUGAACUCCCUGGGAGAACCAUAUGAUUUUGACAGUAUUAUGCACUAUGCCAGGAACACCUUCUCAAGGGGGAUGUUUCUGGAUACCAUUCUUCCUUCCCGAGAUGACAAUGGUAUUCGUCCCGCUAUCGGCCAGCGAACGCGCUUAAGCAAAGGAGAUAUUGCACAGGCAAGGAAGCUGUAUAGAUGUCCAGCAUGUGGAGAAACACUUCAAGAAUCUACUGGCAACUUUUCCUCUCCGGGAUUUCCAAAUGGCUACCCUUCUUAUACACACUGUAUAUGGAGAAUUUCUGUGACCCCAGGAGAGAAGAUUGUUUUAAAUUUCACCACAAUGGAUCUAUACAAGAGCAGUUUGUGCUGGUAUGAUUAUAUUGAAGUAAGAGAUGGCUAUUGGAGGAAAUCACCUCUCCUUGGCAGGUUCUGUGGUGACAAAGUGCCCGAAGUUCUAACGUCUACAGACAGCAGAAUGUGGAUCGAGUUCCGCAGCAGCAGUAAUUGGGUAGGAAAGGGUUUUGCAGCCGUUUAUGAAGCUAUCUGUGGAGGGGAAAUUCACAAAAACGAGGGCCAGAUCCAGUCCCCUAAUUAUCCCGAUGACUACAGGCCAAUGAAAGAAUGUGUGUGGAAAAUAACAGUGUCCGAGAACUACAAUGUUGGAUUAACCUUUCAGGCAUUUGAGAUUGAGAGACAUGACAAUUGUGCCUAUGACUACCUAGAAGUUCGAGAUGGAACCAGUGAAAAUAGCCCUUUAAUUGGUCAUUUUUGUGGCUAUGAUAAGCCAGAAGAUAUCCGAUCUACUUCUAAUACUUUGUGGAUGAAGUUUGUUUCUGAUGGAACAGUUAACAAGGCUGGAUUUGCUGCCAACUUUUUUAAAGAGGAGGAUGAAUGUGCUAAACCUGAUAAUGGAGGAUGUGAGCAGAGAUGUGUGAACACUCUUGGCAGUUACCAUUGUGCUUGCGAUCCUGGUUAUGAACUUGGUCCUGAUAAAAAGAGCUGUGAAGCUGCAUGUGGAGGACUUCUGAGCAAGCUAAAUGGAACCAUAACUACCCCAGGUUGGCCCAAAGAAUACCCACCCAAUAAAAACUGUGUGUGGCAAGUGGUGGCCCCCACACAGUACAGAAUUUCAAUGAAGUUUGAGUUUUUUGACUUAGAAGGCAAUGAAGUUUGCAAAUAUGAUUACGUGGAAGUUCGCAGUGGCCUUUCUUCUGACUCCAAACUGCAUGGUAAAUUUUGUGGGACUGAAAUGCCCGGAGUAAUAACUUCCCAGUCCAACAAUAUGAGAAUUGAAUUCAAAUCUGACAAUACUGUCUCCAAAAAAGGCUUCAAGGCGCAUUUCUUUUCAGACAGGGACGAGUGUUCCAAGGAUAACGGUGGAUGCCAACACGAGUGCAUAAACACUGUGGGAAGCUAUGUGUGCCAAUGCCGAAAUGGAUUUGUCUUACACGAGAACAAGCAUGACUGCAAGGAAGCCGAGUGUGAGCAGAAGAUCCACAGCCCAAGUGGGGUCAUUACCAGCCCCAACUGGCCAGACAAGUAUCCCAGUAGGAAGGAGUGCACAUGGGAGAUCAGCGCUACUCCGGGGCAGCGAGUCAAACUUGCCUUUAGUGAGUUUGAGAUUGAACAGCAUCAGGAAUGUGCUUAUGAUCACCUGGAAGUUUUUGAUGGAGAAACAGAAAAGUCACCAAUUCUAGGUCGUUUGUGUGGCAACAGGAUACCCGAUCCUCUGGUGGCUACUGGAAAUAAAAUGUUUCUCCGCUUUGUUUCUGAUGCAUCUGUACAAAGAAAAGGCUUUCAAGCUACACACUCUACAGAAUGCGGUGGCCGUCUGAAAGCCGAAUCCAAACCAAGAGACCUGUAUUCUCAUGCUCAGUUUGGUGAUAACAACUACCCUGUCCAGGUGGAUUGUGAGUGGCUGCUGGUGUCAGAACGGGGAUAUCGAGUCGAACUGACUUUCCAGACCUUCGAGGUGGAAGAGGAAGCCGACUGUGGCUAUGACUACGUCGAGCUCUUCGAUGGCCACGAUGACUCAGCCACGAGACUCGGUCGAUUCUGUGGCUCAGGGCCACCAGAAGAAGUCUAUUCAGCAGGGGAUGCUGUGUUAAUUAAUUUUCACACAGAUGAUACAAUCAACAAGAAAGGAUUUCAUAUACGAUACAAAAGCAUAAAAUAUCCAGAUAUUGCUCAUUCACCUAAAUAGCAUAAAAAUCUCUAUGACAGAAAAAUAAAGGAGAGCAUGUACUGGAGAAUAAAAGAAGACUUUUUAAAAAACUGAAGUUAUUAGCACAACUGUUUUAUAUACCGAAUUUAAACAAAAGGAAAAAAGCAAGACCAGAAAUGUCUCCACUCCAAAAGGAAGAGUUCCCCUUGCCCAGUGGAAUCGGUGUGAUGGUGAUAAGAAGGUUUCAUGCGUGACUGUGUCUGCUGAAGUUGGUGCGAGGGCAUUGCAUGCUUUCAGGAAGAUCAACGCUUUUUUUCACAGCUGGAUAUUUCUCAUCGAAGCCUGCAGAUCCAAUCUGUUCAAUUCAGGGGAGGUAUCAGUAUCCAGGAGAAGAAAAACAAAAUAAUAAUGCAGAUAUAAUGAGAUAGUGCAUUUCACAAACUCAAAUUGUGGUUCUUCUAUCUUAGACUAAUUGCUUGGCUUUGGAUCCAGGAUUUAACGUACACUAAGACCCAUGGAAGAAGAUGUGAAGAGGAAAGAUCUUCUGACGGUGGUCUGGACUCAUUAGGAAUUUAUUUGUCCAAUAUUUUGAAACUGAAAGAUUUCAGCCUCAUUAUUUUUACUCUAAGACCCCCUACUGAACAUUUAGUUAUCUCAAACUUCUGUCCGAAACUUUCAUAGUAAUCAUUGUUACAAUCAACUCUCCAACUGUGGUUUCGUUCUGUUUUUGUUUUUUGAGUACCCAGAGAGGUCCAGCUGUUUGGUGGAAUCAUCUCUAUCGAGUGCGGCGUUCUCAUUGCACACCAAAUCCGAAAGACCGUGUGAUGUCAUACAGAACUUGCAGGAAAUCAUGCAUCUGAAAUGAUGAAGAAGAGUGAUCAGGGUCCCUCACAAUGACUGCUCCUAUUAUAUUCAGUGGUCAUGCGGUCAUCACUGCUGCUAACCCAUAGUUCUUUGGACCCAUUUGUGGAGAAUUGUUAUUAUAAUUAUUAUUAUUGUUGUUAUUGUUAUUACGUUGUCGUCAUUGUUGUUGUCGUGCUAGCCGACCAGAAAUGAAACUGACAUGGUAUCCAAAUGGUGUCUGCAAGAUUUGACAAGUUUUUUUUUUUCCUGAUAUUAGGCACAGACAUUUAGUGGUGGCAUACAGAACAUAUUGCUGAGAAAGGAUUCCUAUGGUGCUAUUCCAUGAACAUUAAAAAUCGUUUUAGACCUUUGAGCCAACGACGGUCUGCAGAUCAUGAAUGUCUCGCUAUCACUGGCUGCAUCUGAAGAAUAACGACCUGUUAAAUGUCGGAAUAGAGCAUUGCAAUGGCAUCGCUAGUCCUGUGGAAGAACUCCUUCUAUUGCCUUAGAAUUCUUGCACACAAUCAAACUGAUCUUCCUGUAGAUACAUCUCUGAUUUCAUAAGUAACUUGAUGAGAUGAAUAUUUCAAUAUAUGUUAACAUAAAGACCCCCCAGCCAACCCAUCUUCAUAACUAGGCCAUCUAAUGUAAAUAUGGUUGACCUGCUUUUGACGUAGGACUAGGUUACUUUUAGAAUGAUCUCUGUAAUUUAGGCCACGCUUGGCUGUAGCCAUGUUUCAUAUGUAAGUGCGUUUGACAGAUUCUCCAGGAUGAUGAGAGGGUGCUGUGUGGUUGAAAAGUUAUAAUUGUUAAUGUGCCAAGUUUUACCAGGAUCCUGUUUAAUGGAAGCAACUUCUGUCUCGAGGUUUCAAGAACAGUAAUAGGGACUUCUAGUCACUGAGAACUGCAUUGCAAUGAAAUUGGCGCUAUUGAAUAUGUUUUUUUCUUUCCUAUUUUACACAAAAUUAAACCAUAGAGAGAUGUGUAGCCCUUAUUAGAUUCCUGAGCCAAUUUGUGUUUUGAUCUCAGCCUUUACGCUGCAAACCGUUUCAUAUAAAUGAACCACAAAGCAUGAACUCCCUUCUCGUCCUUUCAGUGACAUCACUGCGUGCUUAUUGGUCUGCUGGGCGUGGUGUCUGCAAAAGGAGCAGGUGGACAGGCAAGCAAAACCAAGCUCAGUUGUUCAGACUUUUUCCCCGCUAUGUCAUUAAGCUCAGUAAAUAUGAUAUUUACUAGGCCUGGAUGUAAAUUUAACCUUGUACGUGGGUAGGAUUGUAGAAUUUGCCUCACAUACAGUUUUCCAAAUACGUUAUAGAGGUGAGUUUAAGGAUGUCACUGAGAAGGAACUGAGGGCUUCUUCCAGUAACAGGAAGCAGAAAUGGCAAAAUGUGGUGGCCUUAGAAGAUCUUUUGUUGGUGUUUCUUCUUUUUUUCUCCCCACAGAAGGCCAGAUCAUUUAUGAGCAGUGCGCUCCUUUUUUAUCAUUCAUUUGAUCCAUUUGCCUUAAAUAAAUUAUUGUGUGAAUACACAUGUAGCAUUCCAGUGUUGUAUUGCUUAGACUUUCUGUAGUAAUUAUUGCCUGUGGACUGGAACCACUAUCAUAAAUUAGUGCAGGAAAUACUUUUCAACCCAAACAUCCAUAUGUGAUCUUGGACUAUAAAAAUUAGGGAAAUCCCUCCCGCUCCUGCUUAAUAUGAUUUAUUUAGAACAUUUAGACAAUUCAAACUCUCAAACCUAGUUAAUAAAGGAGGACAGGCCUUGACUACAUAGAACAUAUUUCUUAAAGAAAUGUCACAGUAAAGGAGGCAAUUAGAAAAUAAUUCAUAACCCCCAGAUAGCUCAUCCUGCCUCAUUGGGUGAACUUUUAUUAACUUGCACUAGCAUGAAUAUGCCACAAUCUCAACUUCAAAUUGUGUUUAUUUUUUUAUUCUCAAAUCCUUUUUUUUCCUGUUUACAUUCCUCCUGCGUUGCACCUUUUUGAAAGUAAACUUCAAAUGUCAGUUAUUUUAUGCAGUGUAUAAACUUGUUAAAAUCACCAAACUGUAGACUCGAGAGUGCACAUGGUACUUGUAAAGAUUUUUUUUAAAGGAAACAUUAAAUUGCAUCCUCAUUUGGA